UUAGCCAAAAUCAAACCAAAAUAGCCGUUUUCUGACAAUGCCACAAGAACACAUGAAAGACAGCCUUCUCAUCAGAAACCUUUGCAUGGCCACCUUUGGAGCGUCUUCUUUUGGUUUCUGUCUCUAUGUGAAGGUGUACAACUUGAUUGGUGUCCUCGCAAAAUCCGUCUAUAGGAAGAUGUUUUUCUGGAUGGUCCAGCGGAUAAACCAGCAGCUGGACACCAAACAACCACGACAACAUUUCAUCGGAGUUCUGGACAUCGCAGGAUUUGAAAUCUUUGAUUACAACAGCAUGGAGCAGCUUUGCAUUAAUUUCACCAACGAGAAGCUGCAGCAGUUUUUUAACCACCACAUGUUUGUACUGGAACAAGAGGAAUACAAGAAGGAAGGAAUCGACUGAGAGUUCAUGGACUUUGGCAUGGAUCUGGCUGCCUGUAUUGAGCUAACUGAAAAGAUGCUGAAAAUACACAAACGCGAAUGACGUUCUGCAAAUACAAAGGUAUUUAAAGAGGUGUUUCUUGCUUCCAAGCCAAUGGGCAUCUUCUCAAUCCUUGAAGAAAGGUGCAUGUUCCCAAAACACACUUCUGGCGUAUGGGUGACGCUGUCGUACGACUCUAGUCAUUAGUAAGAUUUACACAUUGGCUCCUUACCAACCGUGCACAAAUAUUUUCUCUCCACAGGUUCACUGAGCCGUCUACAGCCUUGCUAUUUUGUGUGGGACACCCGAGUGUCACAUACAGGUUUUUCUUUUACCGCCUGUAUCCAUCCACGAGGGCAGUCGUUACUGAGACUUUGAAUUUUUUCUCCUUCAUCCUUGUAGAAACAGCACAUUCUUUUAUUUUUGUGAAAAUCCUCUAAUUUGCUUUGAAAGAAGAUGAAUAUGAUCGUUUUCUAAGACUGGCCCACGUUUGACAUCAGGAAGC